CCGACACACCUCUGCUUGGUUUUCAACCCUCUCCCUGUCUCACAUUUUAGUUUUAUUACAGCUGAAGUUGUGUCGUCUUCUUCCAUUUCUCCAGUCUGACAUCUUCAGCAGACCUGCUGUGAUCCACCAGGCUCAUACAGGUGGACUAUGCCUCCUUCGGCCAGCUGACAGUGGGGGCACCGUCGCUGCUCAGCGCCCACCUGGGAAGGGCUUGAGCUGGAACAGAGGACUCCGUCUGGGUUUUGCUGAAAAUGAGUUCAUCUGCUUCACCUACAGUUCCUUCAAACACAACCUCAGUGACAAAAUCUAGAGAACAAAUUCUGAUCCAGAGCUCUGGGGCGAUGAUUGCUGUCAUUGUCAUCGGCACCAUCAUCAUUCUUGCUGUUGUUCUCAUCAUCCUGAAGACGUACAACAGACGGACUCAUGAAUCCAGACUGCUGGGGGUCAGGGCCGGCACCAGACCUCGUCCCAAGACGUCCCAGUCCACGGUUAACGGCAGCGUUCCUCUGAACAGCAUGGGGGUCAGCUCCGUGUCGGGCAGCAUCACCAACUCAAACCCAGUAUCAGAGGACGGCUUCCAGUUGCCCAGAGCCGACGGGAAUCACUCCGAGCAGUUCAGCACCACCAGCGACUACAGCGAGUCCACUGUGGUCACCGUACACAACACGCCCUCUCCACUGAACACAUAGCGCACAGGCUGCAGCUCCACUGGCUGAGGUUUGAAUUCAAACCAACACUGACUGAACCCUGCAGGAAUCUUCAUCGGCCUGGAAACUGGAGUGCUCAGAUUACAGGGAACAAACUGUGGAUUAUGAAGGACAUUAUGUGAAGACAAUCUGAAGAAGAAAUGCAGUGUUUUCUGAGAAAACAUCAAGGGAAUGGUUCUCAACAUUUUCUACAAAUAUUCGUGAAUUUGUACGCUGCUCAUUAGUUUGGAAACAAAAUUAUCACAUAUAAAGCAGUUAUGGAUUUAGUAGACUACAGCAUAAGAGAUUUAAUUCCCAUCAUUCUGUCUUUGUGUUUUCCUCACAGAGUAGUUUUAGGUUUACAGAAAGUAAAUAUGUAUUUCAAUGAAGAAUCAAUGAAGAUGUUUUGUUUAGCAUCUGUCAGCAAAACCCAUUGAUGUGAAUCUUUAAGAAUUUGACACUAAAGUAUUUUGCACUU